AUGGGUCUCCCAAAGUCCAAAAACGCGGUCGGACUGGGCAACAGCCUGAUGAACGACCGCUUCGGCAAAGGCAAGGGCUCCGACAUGCGCCGCGGCAACUACAAUGGCGCAAUUGAGCGGACAGGUCAGAAUGGCGAGAAGUACAUCACCAACGCCAAGAAAGAGGCGUCAUGGGUCAAAAUGCGCAGCGUCACGGAGCAGGCGGCGCUGGACGAGUUCCUCAGCACGGCCGAGCUGGCGGGCACCGACUUCACGGCGGAGAAGAUGAACAACGUCAAGAUCAUCCACAAGGACCAGAAGAACCCGUACCUGCUGUCGGCCGCCGAGGAGCGCGCCGCCGUGCGCAAGCAGAACGCCCACCGCAAGAACCUCACCGUGCCGCGCCGCCCGCCGUGGGACGCGCAGACGACGCCGCGCGAGCUCGACGAGCGCGAGCGUGAGAGCUUGCUGCAGUGGCGCCGUGGCCUCGCUGAGCUGCAGGAGAGCAAUGACCUGCUCAUGACUCCCUUUGAGCGCAACAUCGAGGUCUGGCGCCAGCUGUGGCGUGUCAUCGAGCGCUCCGAUCUCGUUGUGCAGAUUGUGGAUGCCCGCAACCCGCUGCUGUUUAGGUGCGACGACCUGGAGAAUUACGUGAAGGAAGUGGAUCCGAAGAAGAACAACUUGUUGCUGGUGAACAAGGCGGAUAUGAUGACGUUUGAGCAGAGGCAGAUGUGGGCGAAUUAUUUCGUGGAGAACAAGAUCAACUACAGAUUCUUUUCGGCUGAGCUGGCACGGGAGAUGAACGAGGCAAGAGAUCUCGAAGAUUUGGAAGAAGAGGAGGAGCUUGAGUCCGACGAGGCUGAGACGGGCGAUAAGUUGGCUGAAGAGGCCAAGAAAUUGGACAUUCAAGAUAAGGAGGAUGAAGAGAAGAAAUGGGUUGAGGAGGAGACCGUAAAUGUGGAAGAGAACGGCGUACCUCUCCCAAGUUCCGAGGAAGAGACAGUUAAGACGGAGCAGAACGGUGUCCCUCUUACCGGCUCUGAGGCUACCCGGAUUCUGACGACCGACGAGCUGGAGGCUCUUUUCCUUGAGCAUUCACCCGAAGUGGCCACCGGCCCUGACGGUCAGCCCAGGAAGACCCAGAUUGGUCUUGUUGGUUACCCCAACGUCGGAAAAUCAUCCACCAUCAACGCUCUCAUCGGCGCUAAGAAGGUGUCUGUCUCCGCCACACCCGGAAAGACCAAGCAUUUCCAGACCAUUCACCUGAGCGACAAGGUGGUGCUCUGCGAUUGUCCCGGUCUCGUUUUCCCCAACUUCGCAUCCACCAAGGCUGAACUCGUCUGCAGCGGUGUCUUGCCCAUUGACCAGCUUAGGGAGUUCACUGGCCCUGCCGCGCUUGUGGCUCAGCGCAUCCCGCAAGCCUUCAUGGAGGCCAUUUACGGCAUGAAGAUCAACAUCAGGCCCUUGGAGGAGGGCGGCACGGGCAUUCCGACGGCCGAAGAGAUGCUCGCCGCCUACGCCACCGCCCGUGGUUUCUCGACACAGGGUCUCGGCCAACCGGAUGUCUCGCGCGCCGCUCGCAUCGUUCUGAAGGACUACGUGAAGGGCAAGCUCCUGUACUGCCACCCGCCCCCGGCCGAGCCGCCGAUCGAUGGCAGGUAUUUCAACCGCGACUUGUACGACGCAUCUCACCUCCCCGAGAAGCGCCGCGCCGCGUUCUCCAUUGCCGAAGAGUCGAGCGUGGCAGGCGCACCCAGCGACAACGUCUCGCUGAUGGACGACCCCGACGUCAUCCCCCUCGGAAAGAAUAGGGUGCAGGGAGAGAAGAGCCGACAGAUUGACAACAGAUUCUUCGCCCCGAAAGGCAACGGCGGCCAUCUAAACAAGCCGUUCCACGACAAGUACACCGAGCAAGGUCAGGCUUCUGGGAAGCAGCUGAGUGGACGCAAGGCGUUGAUAAUGGAGGCUUUGGACAAGGAUGUUGACCCCUCAGAGCUCAAGAAGAGCAAGAAGCACUUCAAGGGUAAGAGGAAGGUCAAGGUCAGGAACCAGGGAGGUGGUUACGAGUAA